GUUGGGUACGAGCCGCGGAAAGCUUUCUACAGACUCCAGAUGCUCAUCUGGAUUUUGGCUACGGUGUGCUAUUGAAGGCGGAGGCUUGGGCAGCCGGUGAUGGGUCUUUGCACCAAGCGCUGUCCUACGUUAUGUCCGAUCAAAUUCAGCAGGAGCUGCCCUGCAUCUUCAUCAGUGGCCAAGGAAAUAGCUUGGAG